AUCCAUGAAUCCAAGAGAUGUAAACAACAUAAAAACAAAUCUUACACUAUUCUUUUGUAAUUGAAUGUAUAAUUUUUAUUUCAAGUUUUAAACUUUUUUUUGUGACUGUGGUAAAUCAACUUUGUUCCCGUUGUUAAUUAAUCCCUCAGUUGACGUGCAUCAUGUCAAUUGAUUUUAACUCAUUUCAUCGACCAGAAUCAGUUUCUCGGAUUACAGGUAGAUCAAAAUGGCAAAUGUCUCCAAUACCCGAAACGGGUACAAAUCCAAAUAGAGUAUUACUAAACCACUGGUCAGAAUAUAUUCACUUUUCUGGCCGUAAAUAUUAUUAUAAUUCAGUGACCAAGCAAUCAUCCUGGAAACCACCAAGACGUGGACUAUCUAUUUGGUUCUGUAAAUAUGAUGAUUCUGGAGGACUCUAUUUUUUGGAUGAAAACGAGGAUCGCUCUCAUUGGCAUUUACCUGAUCUUAUCACCGAUGAAGAGUCUGAUAGAGAGUGUCAAUCUCAAAGUGAUGCAUCUGAAUGUUAUUCCCCAAUCACCAAAGAUUUACCUGAUAAUGAUAAUGGCAAUUCAGCUUCUUUUUCAUCCCCCUCGACCGUUUCAAGGUUUAAAAAUGAUGGAAGUCUGAGACUACCCAUAAGAAAAAACUAUGUUAAUGAUUUAUCGCCCAUCGAACGCUCCUUCAAAGCUAAAUCCAUGGUUUUUCUACCCACUGGAGAUAAAUUUGUAAACAUUGACUCAGAUUUGGAGGAAAGGUCGUCAACAACAACCAUCAACGAAACCUAUUCAAAUAAAUCAAGCAAUAACAACAACAUCAAUAAUAACAACAACAACAACAACAAUCACCAUCAUCACCAUCACCAUCAAAAUCGUAAUCACAAUUACCACCACCAUCACCUUCAUAAUCAUUAUCACAAUAGUAGUUUUAAUCACAAUCUCAAUUCUCAUCACACACCAAUUCCUCCAGUUCCGGAAAAUUUGGAAGAGUCAAGAGCUUUUAAAACAGGAAUCAUGAAUCGGACCAAAAUAAUGGAAAAUGGCAAACGACUUCGUAAAAAUUGGUCUACCAGUUUGGUUGCCUUAACUGAUCAUUAUCUUCUGAUAUUCAAAGACGCAAAAAUAAAUUCUCAUCAAGAGGAAAACCUCAAACCUGAGAUUGCUGUUGAAUUGGGAGGAUCUUUGAUUGAAUGGAGUCAAGGUUUAUCCAGUCGUAAAAAUGUCUUCCAACUAACAACUUUCACGGGAAACCAGAUAUUAUUACAAGAAGAUUGUUCAUUAACUGCCGCUGAAUGGUUCUACUCUAUCAAAAGUGCCAUAUCGAAAUUGCCUAAAUGUGAUGGUACAGCCACUAUUGGUACCGAUUCCUUGGAAUCUAAUAAGGAAUGUAAAUUAAAACGAUCUAAAUCAACUAAACAAUCCUGUAAAAAGAUUGAAAUUAAUCAAAAAGUAAACACCAAAAAUGGUCCUGUUGGUGAUGAUAAGAUUACUCCAGAGAAGAACAAGAAAAUUCGUGAAAGACUGAUCAACUUUCUCUUGCGUCGACCAACUUUGGAUAGUUUACGAGAAAAGGGUAUUUUUAAAGAUGAACCAGUCUUUGGUUGUGACCUUUACUCAUUAUGUUCAAGGGAGAAACAAUUGGUGCCUAAAGUUGUUCAACAAUGUAUCAAAGCAAUUGAACAAAAAGGACUCAGAUCUGAUGGUAUUUAUAGGGUUUGCGGUAAUUUAUCGGAGGUCCAGAAAAUACGAUAUCAAGUUAAUCACGACGAUUAUGAAGGAAUCUGGGCUCAGGAAGAUGUUCAUGUACUAACAGGCGCUUUGAAAUUAUUUUUCCGAGACAUGAAAGAACCUUUAUUCCCAUGUAAUCGGUUUGAUUCAUUAAUGUUUACAAUAGGUUUACCAGAUAAAAAGAAGAAACAAGAAGCUAUUGUCAGGGUUAUCCGAGAUUUGCCCAAAUGUAAUAAGGAGACGCUGAAAUACCUUUUAAAGCACCUUUUGAGAGUUCAAGAUCAUAAGGAUGAGAAUCGAAUGCACAUUCAAAAUUUGGCAAUCGUUUUUGGACCAACUCUAAUGUGGCCUGAAACGGACUCUAAUAACUUGGCUUACGAUAUGAUGUUGAAAAUGCAUUCGAAUCAAGUUAUCGAGCUACUUCUCCUGGAAUUUGAAAACAUCUUCAGAUGAAGAUUUUUUGAUUGGAUAAUUACGAGGAUCUUCACAAUGAUUUACAAGUGAUCUGAUUAAACAUAAAAUUUAUUAAACAACAUCAUCUCAUCAACAUAUCCAUACAAUCAAAAAGGAAUUAUUGAAAACUUUAAGAAAUCUCGAUGACCAGUUCUAAAUCAUAUUAUAUUGAAAUUAUUAUCAUUUUGUCAUAUUUUCAUAACAUGUAAUCCUUCCUUUUCUUAAAAGCUUGCUGGAUUUCUAGAUUUGACUUAUGAUCACAAUAUCGUGAACUUUAUUAUAGCUAAAAAUUAAUUUAAAACAAAACUCAGUUGAAAAGAUGAAUCUUUUAGAAAUUUUAAAAUGAUGCUAAACAUUAAUUAUUUUUUUAACGCAAAAAUCUAUUAAAUUUUCAACAAUUUUAGGAUGUUUAAA